UUGUCUUAAAGACCAGUUUAAAAGACCAGCGGAGUCACUGCGGGAUUUAGAGUUCCGUCCGCCAUGGGGGACGUGAUUUCCAGUCACCUGGAUGAAGCCAAGCGGGAGGUGAUCGCAGCCCGGACCAGGGAGGUGAUGCAGACGUUUGGCCGUCUGUAUGAGCAGCAGUAUGCAGUGGCCCUUUUCAACAAAGUUCGCUUUGACAUAGAAGGAGGAGGUGGACCACAGCCACAGCUACUACACCGCAAGGUUCCUCUGGAGAACAAAUCCAUCUUCUCUGGCUCGCUCUUCCAGUAUCUGGAGGAGAACAGGAAAUGGAGGAACCGCUUCCUCUUCGUUCCAGACUCCUACAACAUCAACUACUAUGACAGCAAAGCGUCCCAUGACAGGCGCCUCCAUCCUAAAGGAACCAUCAACUGUGCUGGCUACAAAGUGCUGACAUCUAUGGAGCAGUACCUGGAUCUGUUCAGCAACACCCUACCUGGAAUGAAAGCUAAGGAGGGGAGUUCACCUUUCCUUAAGUGUGCCACCCAGUUCCCCCUGAUCCUCUGGCACCCUUACGCCCAUCACUACUGCUUCUGUGUGGUGACCGAGAAAGAGCAGCAGAAGUGGCACGCCGUCCUCCAGGACUGUGUCAGACACGCCAAUGACGGUUUGUCGGAGGACGAUAAAGUUCAAACCCCAUCCUUCACUGAUGCAGUACGACUCUACCGCCAAGCUCAAGGGCACUUUGGCACCUGGGAGAUGAUGGCUGGUGAACCAACACAGAUCCUGUCUAACCUGGUGAUGGAAGGCCUCCUCCCCGAGCUGAGGGAGCUCAUCUCCCCUCGCCUCAAAGGCAAGCUGCACGAGAGGCAGAGAAACUGGAUGCUGAUCAGUGAUGCAGUGUAUAGCCUGGUGCAGGGGCAGUGCCGGGCCCAGUAUGAGACGCUGCUGCAAAAGUGUGAGUCAGCCUGCUCUUCUCUGGAGGCCUCCAUACGAACAGACAUGGACCAGAUCAUAACCUCCAAGGAGCACGUCACCAACAAGAUCAGAGAGGUGGUUCUCCCCAAGGCUGAGAAGCUGUUGAAGGUCAGCAUCCAGCCCUACAUCAGCUCCAUCCUGGAUGCCCUGAUGGAGCCGACCAGCCGAGGUUUCUCUGAGGUGCGCAAUGUGUUCUUCGGAGAGCUGGUGGACAUGAGCAAGAACACCCUCAAUGAGGGCACCAAGGAGACCGUGGCCCAGCACAUGGAAAAGAUCUCCAUGCUGGCCUUCCAUCCGGUGAAGAUGCAGAGUUGCUAUGAGAAGGUUGAGCCGCUGAAUCUGGAGGGUCUACAGCAGAGGUUUGACGUGUCCAGCACCUCGGUGUUCGUCCAGAGGGCCCAGAUCCUCAUGAGAGAGCAAAUGGACCAUGCAGUAUAUACAUUUGAGCAGAUCCUUCACCAGAGUCUAGAGUCUCAGGGUGCAGAUGAGCUCUGCAAGACCAUCCAGCGCUGCCAGGACAGAGUCAUUAAGAAAUUUGACUAUGACAGCAGCACAGUGAGAAAGCGUUUCUUCCGUGAGGCUCUCCUCCAGAUCUUCAUCCCCUACAUGCUGAAGCAGCUCGGCCCGUCCUGUUCGUCGGAGCUGCCGCGCUUCCGGGAGCUGAUCUUCGAGGACUUCUCCCGCUUCAUCCUGGUGGAGAACAUCUUUGAAGAGGUGGUGCUGCAGUCGAUCAUGAAGGACAUCAUGAUGGCUGUGAAGGAGGCGGCGGUCCAGAGGAGACACAACCUGUACAGGGACAGCAUUGUCCUCAGCAACAGUGACCCUAACCUGCACCUGCUUGGCGACAACCCCCCUAUCGACUGGGCUGGGGACUAUGGCCAAGCCCAGGAAGAGGCUGGCGGAGUGGGGGAGGACGCCAAGGGCGAAGGUGUGGAGUCCCAGAAGACGAGGAGGAUGAAGCAGGUGGUGUCCAUGAUCCAGGUUGAAGGCUCCCCAGUCCUUCUCAACGAAACGUGCGUGGAGGUGCCUGGUGUCAACGACAUCCCAGAGGAGGAGGCAGAGGAGAGGCCGAAGGAUGGAGAUCGGGAGGAGAACUCUAAUGGAAAAGCUUCUGCUGACAAAAAUGGAUCUGGAAGUCUCCAAGCUUUGGCGAAUUCGUCAGGCUUGUCAAAUGGUUCUGUCUUGAAGGAAGAAGAAGCCAACAAGGAACAGGGUGAAAAAGAAGUCCCAAUGAAGGUGGAAUCUGCUACACAAAGUGCUCCAGCCAAAGAGGAGGAGGAUAAGGGAGGGGAUAGCCAGUUGAUGGUGGAGGAACAGCCUCCCUCUAACCAGGAGGUGUCAGAGCAGGCAUUUCCACCAGCACCACCUGAGGAAAUCGCUUCCGGCGCAACAGAAACGGCUCCAGAGAGCCUCCCAGAGGGUACGUCUAACAUCCCCUUGCCUCCACAAGAAGAAAGUGGCUUCAAGUCACCCACGGGUCAAAGGGCUGAGGUUGAGGGCGAGGAGGAUGUUGCCCGAACCAAGGCAGCCCCACAGCCAUCACCACCCGAGGAAAUCUCAUCCGGAGCUACAGCUCCAGAGAGCCUCCCGGAGGUGACUUCUGACCUCCCCUUGUCUGAACAAGAAGACAUGGGCUUCCAGUCUCCCACUAGUGAAGGGGCUGAGGUAGAGGGUGAGGACGAUGUGGCCCGAUGCACGGCAGCCCCACAGCCACCACCAACCGAGGAAAUGUCAUCCGGAGUAGCAGAAGCCACUCUGCAGAGCCUCCCGGCGGCGAAGUCUGACCUCCCCUUGCCCCCUCCCGAAGAAGACAGUGGCUUCCAGUGUCCCACCAGCAAAGGGGCUGAGCCUGAGGACCAGGAGGAGGGUAUGUCCCGAAGCAGCGCGGACCCACAGCCCUCAGAAGUGCAUCCUGAGGGGAGGGAUAUCAGUGAAACCGAGACCAAAAUUGUCAACCAAAACCAGUGACUUAAAGUGAAAAUCUUUUUUUAUUUUUAUUUUUUCUUAUUUUUGAAAAGGAUUAAAAGACAAUUAAUGCUGUUUUAACCGUAUCAGCUUUCAGUUCCACACCAGUUUUAGGCACAUUAUUCACUCAGUAGAUUAUUUUCACCGAGCAGGGCUCAGGUGCUGUGGUCAUAUUGUUAAAUAUAUAUAUAUUUUUUUUUUCAUGUAGAAGAAAAUCCUCAGCAAACUCUGAGCUUUUACUACACAUUAGUUCCACACUUUAUUUUCUCUUCACCUGUUAUGAAUGUGAGCACAGUGGACAACCUUGAGUCUGUUCUGGUGUGUUGAAAACAUGUCUUCUUUAGUAAAAUGCAUGUAAAUUGAUUUUGCUCUUCAGUCUAUCUUGUUUACUGCUACUGAGAUGCAUUCAAUAACUUUCAACAAUUAGAUUUUUUUUGACGGUGUAAAAACACUUAUUGAAAGCCUUUAGGAAUUGGAAACCUCUUAACUGAUAAAUACUGCCCAGAAUAUGAGAGUCUGAAAGUUGAUUUUCUUUAUUCCAUUUUAAACUCGCAGUACAAUUCAUCAGUUGUCUUGAUGUACACGCUGCACAUCUUAAGACUUCAGAUUGUUUUGUGUUGGUGGGAAUAACACUAUUUUGUAAGAGUUUAAUCCUUAAAAAAGUAAACUUGUGUAUAUUGUGUAUAAAUACUUAUAUGGAUCAUUGAACUACUGUCAUUUGACAUUUUAUAUCAUUUAAUAAGAGCCAAUAAUAAGCCUUAGCUGAUCUCUUGAGCCCCCCCCCCAUUUUAUUUAUUGUUUGGCACCCCUUUCUCUUUUUUGACCAAUGUACUUUUAGAAUUAUUUUACCCCCUGCGUGACACAAA